AAUUCUUCUUCUUCUUAUUAUUCUCUGCAGUUAUUUUUGAAGCCAAAGGAAAUGGGGAAUGCGAAAUCGACAGAAUUUUCACAUCCUUACAAUUAUCAUUCACAAGAAUCCUUUUCGGUUUGCCGUCGCGCCGGGGACAAGAACACAAAGAAGCAACAACCAGCAUUUAUAGCAGAUAAUUUCAACUCUCUUGAUGAGGUUAUCACUGCAUUGAGAGAUGCUGGUCUUGAGUCAUCAAACUUAAUAUUAGGAAUUGAUUUCACAAAAAGCAAUGAAUGGACAGGAAGGCAUUCAUUCAACAGGAGAUCUCUGCACUCGAUUGGCGACACUCCGAAUCCUUACGAGCAAGCGAUCUCGAUAAUAGGCCGCACAUUAGCUUCCUUCGACGACGACAAUUUGAUACCGUGUUUCGGUUUUGGUGAUGUAACUACGCGCGAUGAAGAGGUCUUCAGCUUUUUCCCUGAUCACCGGCCUUGUCGUGGUUUUGCGGAGGCGCUUUCGCGAUAUAGAGAAAUUGUGCCCUACUUGACACUCUCCGGUCCGACCUCUUUCGCGCCUCUCAUUCUCGCAGCAGUCGAUAUCGUGGAGAGGAGCCACGGCCAAUAUCAUGUUCUCGUCAUCGUAGCCGAUGGACAGGUCAGCGGUGGUUCGACUCAACCAAAUGGUGGUUUUAGCCAGCAAGAACAGGCAACUAUAGAUGCUAUAGUAUACGCUAGUUACUAUCCUCUUUCGAUCAUUAUGGUUGGCGUCGGUGACGGUCCGUGGGAUGCGAUGCAGCAGUUCGAUGAUUUUGUUCCUCGGCGGUCAUUUGACAACUUUCAGUUUGUAAACUUCACGAAGAUCAUGUCCGGAAACAUGACUAUGGAAAAGAAAGAGGCAGCAUUUGCGCUUUCGGCCCUCAUGGAAAUUCCUUUUCAGUAUAGAGCCACUCAAGCCCUUGUGCCUACUGAAAAGAGCAAGGAAAUAACUGGUGAGAGAAAGCCUCUUCGCCCGCCUUGUGAAGUUAUCGAACACGACAAUGCGACGGCAUCUCGUGAAUUCACGAAGAACAUCCAACCUAUGGAGUACAACAUCCCACAAGAGAAGGCUUGCUUUAUAUGCUUCGCAAAUCCGAAGGAUAUGGCCUUCGGCUGCGGUCAUUUGACUUGCAGAAACUGCGGCAUGUCGAUCGACACAUGCCCCUUGUGUCGCGCACCCGUGACGAGUCGAGUUAGGCUUUUCCCCUCGUAAACAUGGCUCAUUCCCUAACUGAAGAUUCAGCAUCUCUGGGAGUUUCAUUACCUCAGGAGAAGCUCAUUGUUGUUGGAAGUGAAAAUGAAUCAAUUUGUGAAAGAUGUUUAACCUGUUUGUCUGAAUUGAGCAUCAGUAUACAUUGGAAAUUACAAUGCCUGGUGCUCUUGAUGUAAAUUAUGUUGUAUAUUUUGCUUGGAUUGCUAAAGAAACUUGUUGUAAAUGAUUGAAAAUUUGAAAUUAUAAGGUUUGCUUGCUCUCGCUUUUCGCGCGCAGGGCAAUACUGUUGCCUA